UUAGCACUAGAUCGGAAGAUAAAUGUUCAAUUUAUUUCGUUUCUACAUGUUCUGGUCCUUGUUUCUUGGCAUGAACUGAAAGGUAUUUUGGUGGGGAUUUUCGCAUGCUCCGCUGGACCAUACUUGGGAUAAAAAAAGCAAUUAUUUCUCCUAUUCAUCAUCCACAAUUGCUAAAAGAGUACUUUGCACGAAUGUGAACGGUCCAAAAAAAAAAUGCUUUGAUAUAUUCCAGAAAAACCAUCAAUUUCCAGGGCCAAAUCCAGUGUCUCCCACUUCUCAAAACUCUAAAUGAAAGCUCCUGCGAUCCAGUUCUUCAAACGCUGUCUCUCUUCUUCAACGCUUUACCAUUAUAUAUUCCAAUGUGUUAGAUUUUCUCUCUUUAUCUGUUGAAGAACCAAAAAUAAUCUUUUUAAGCCACCUUCCAUGGAUACCCAAAGGCUUCACCUUUUCUCUCUAACUCUCCUUUCACUCCUUUAUAUCUCUACAUCUUUCCUACCCACAAACAACUUCCUCCUCAACUGUGGAUCAAGGGGCAACACUUCAUUCUAUAACCGCAUUUUUAUAGCUGAUUCAGCCAAACGUUCGGUUUCCCUCUCGGCAGAGCGAUCCGUUUCACUCACGGACCGAAACCCAUCUCCAAAUUCACCCAUUUUAUACCAAACGGCUCGCGUUUUCACCACUGACUCAAGCUAUAAGUUCAACAUCAAGAAAAACGGGACAGGGACUCACUUGGUACGUCUCCAUUUCUCCCCAUUUCAAGCUCAAAAUUUUAACUUAGCAUCUUCCAGAUUCAAUGUUGUGGCUGAUGGCUUCUUGUUACUGAGUGGUUUUAAUGCUUACAAUUUGCUGCUUAAAGAGUACAUAUUGAAAAUAGAUGGUGAAGUUCUUGAAAUUAAGUUUAGUCCUGUAGGUGAUUCUGGUUUUGCAUUUGUAAAUGCAAUUGAGGUAUUUUCAGUUCCUAAAGACUAUAUUAUUGAUGAUGGGGCUAAGUUGGUUAGUGGUGACGGAAUUGAAGAGUACAAGAACUUAACAUCGCGGGUUUUAGAGACUAUUCAUAGGAUUAAUGUUGGUGGUUUAAAGCUAACUCCUUUUAAUGACACUUUAUGGAGAACUUGGAUCCCUGAUGAUGGCUUUCUUGUGUUUAAACCUGCUGCAAAACGAGCAGUUGCCACUCAUGUACCAAAUUAUCAGAAUGGGGGUGCAACCCGUGAAAUUGCCCCGGACAGUGUUUAUAUGACUGCACAGCAGAUGAACAGGGAUAAUUUGACAUUGAAUGGUUGGUUCAAUAUCACUUGGGACUUUCCAGUAGGUUCACUUGGUGCUCCACACUUAGUUAGGUUGCAUUUUUGUGAUAUUGUCAGUCCUGCACUUAAUCUGUUGUACUUCAAUGUGUAUAUCAAUGAUUACUCCGCUUAUCGGGAUUUGGAUUUGUCGAUGCUUACAUAUCAUGCUCUUUCGUCACCGGUCUACUUAGAUUUUGUUGCACAUUCGGAUGAUUCAGGGGUUGUACGUGUAAGUGUUGGACCUUCAGAUUUGAGCACUCCUUCAAAAAUUAAUGCCAUUCUAAAUGGGGUAGAGAUCAUGAGGUUGGUAAAUCUUAAAGGUUUGCAUGCUGGGUCUAAGAGGAAAAACGUUUGGAUUUUGGUGGGUUUUAUUUUUGGAGGCUUUCUUAUCUUUUGUUUGGCUGCAGCUUCAGUUCUGCUUGCAUUUAAGUGCAAGAAGAAGAAACCAAAACCACCCAGACGUGUAGAAAGUGCUGGUUGGACACCGCUAUGUGUUUAUGGGGCCAGUUCAUAUAGUAGAAUGUCUGAAGGGACUGUUACCACAUCUCAAGGUCCUAAUGGUUAUCACAGCUUGAGAAUCCCUUUUGUUGACAUUCAAACAGCAACUAACAAUUUUGACAAGAGUUUAAUUAUUGGAAUGGGUGGAUUUGGUAUGGUUUACAAAGGGGUCCUUAAAGACAAUACUAAGGUUGCUGUAAAGAGAGGUGUCCGUGGAUCAAGGCAGGGUCUUCCAGAAUUCCAGACUGAAAUAAGUGUUUUGUCGAAGAUUCGUCACCUGCAUCUUGUUUCACUUGUUGGGUAUUGUGAAGAACAGUCAGAAAUGAUACUAGUCUAUGAGUAUAUGGAAAAAGGGCCAUUGAAGAAUCAUUUAUAUGGUUCAAAAUAUCCUCCUUUGUCUUGGAAGCAAAGGCUUGAAAUAUGCAUUGGCUCAGCUAGAGGUCUUCACUACCUUCAUACUGGUUCAGCACAAGGUAUCAUUCAUCGCGACAUUAAAUCUACUAAUAUAUUGCUUGAUGAAAAUUAUGUGGCCAAGGUUGCUGACUUUGGUCUCUCAAGAUCUGGCCCAUGUCUCAAUGAAACCCAUGUAAGCACUGGGGUAAAGGGUAGCUUUGGGUAUCUUGAUCCUGAGUAUUUUCGGAGACAGCAACUUACUGAUAAAUCAGAUGUUUAUUCAUUUGGGGUUGUGCUUUUUGAGGUACUUUGCGCUAGGCCCGCUGUUGAUCCAUUGCUUGCUAGGGAGCAGGUGAACUUAGCAGAAUGGGCAAUGCAGUGGCAGAAAAAAGGAAUGCUUAGGAAAAUUAUUGAUCCCCACCUUGUGGGACAAAUAAAACCUAGCUGUUUGAAGAAAUAUGGAGAAACAGCUGAGAAAUGUUUGGCUGAUUACGGUGUUGAUAGGCCAACCAUGGGUGAUGUCUUAUGGAAUUUGGAGUAUGCACUUCAGCUUCAAGAAUCAGGGCCAGAAGAACCACGUGAAGGCAGCAACAUGAAUGGAAUGGAUUGUCCAACAUCCAGUGUUACUCCAUUUAGCAAUGCUAGGACAGAGAGAGAUGAUGGUACUGGUUGUUCAGACUUAACAACAAGCGAUGUUUUUUCGCAAUUGAUGACGAAUGAAGGCAGAUAAUUUAAACAGUCAAUGCUGCAUAGAUACAAUCAAGAUAAGGUAAAAUAAAUGGGAAAUUCCAACAUGAAUUGGGUGGCAGACAGUGGCUCUGCUGAAAAACUUGGUGGAGAGGAGAUUCACUGUGAAAGGCUCUGAUCGAGUAUAAACAAAAGUCUCAAUCUCUAGCACUGUGUUGUACAGAGGAGGUAAUGAAGUGCAGAGGGGGCAAAUGCUGAUGCCUAAUGGCCAAUGGGCCCUAGUCAAACUGUACCUACAUUCUUUGUAGGAAGUGCACUCUGGGUGGGAGCAGGAAGAAGGUUGGCCGCCCGUCAGCCUUACCCACUCCCACUUUGAGUAUUCAUCGUUAUGAAUAUCAUUCAUUUUAAUCUACUUUUCCACUUUUAGUUUAAUAAACAAAAAAACAUUUCUGUAGCUUUUGACCCACAAAUGCACACUCAUUGCAUUUACCCUUUAUUCUGGAUCCAUAAUUAUUGUUUAAGAAUAACUUAUUAUUAUGUUAAGAAAUAUUUUGCAUUAUUUUAAUCAAAUUAAAAAUAAUAUAUGGAUUAUUUUUAUAAAUUAACAUUUUUUAUAUUUUUGGCCUAAAAUCUACACUACCAUUCACUUUGGAGGCAAAAUCAACAAAAUGUAGUGAAAUUCAUUUUUUUUUUUUCUAAAGGUUAAAAAAUUCUUUUAAAAUAUUUGGUUUUAAUUUUUUCACAAAACUGCUGAAAGAGAGUUAGAGAGAGGCGGGGCUAUUACUUCAGAGUUCAAAAACGAGGACCGAGGAGGGCAAAGGGAUAAUUUCAUAAGAAGACGUCCGUGUCUGGGAGAGGGGCAUCCAAUCCAACUCAGUGCCCGACCGUCGUAAAAAAUUGGAAUAGACAUGACUAACUAUCUACCCCAGCCUCCUCCUUUCCGUAAUUUUUAUCAACUUCCAAGGGCCAUUUCAAAAUUCCCGUCAUUGACCCUAGAAUGUCUUUCUUCUUGCUUAGUAACGGAAACGCCGGGCGAUAAUUGCUUUUCAAACAUUAAAAUGAAACUCUCUUUCUCUCUCUAAUCGAAUCUUGAGACUCCCCCUCCCCCAAAAAAAAAAAAACCCCCACUUUUAUCUAAAA